GGAACGUUGGCUACGUCCUUCUAGGUGUGGCCAUACUCCGGGGAAGCCAACAACCAAGCACCCUCAUCGCUAACUUCAAUCAACUUGUACUGUGAGAAGACCAUAUGUGUCCGACGUGAGGGUCCGGGGUGCUGCUUAUACGAAUAUCUUAGCGGCAGGUUUCGAAAGGAUGGAAAUGUUGCGCUGAUUACACUUGCACACACUUGAUGGUUCAACGAAACCGCGUUCAAGUCAUACGCACCAACACUCACAUAAACAUACUUUUUCUACCUGGUCGUUGUCCCGAAAGAGCCGCGAGUAAACUCAGUUGCCCGUAUUCACCAAGCCACUUAAACCGUUGUUUAAUGAGGUCGGGUUUAAACAGAUCACUUAGUCUCUCCGGCUCUGAAGCUGAAACGCACGCGCACUAUACACAUUGUCACGAGCUGAUUGAGGGGAGGGAGAAAGUAGCUUACAAUUUGCUCAAUUUUGCACGCAGGAUCUGCAGACUGCUAACCGUGGUAUCGACAUCAUGACUACAUGGGCUGUUUGACGCUCUACUGGUUAUAUGCCCCUGUGGAGGCUCUAAUUUGUCCAUACAAAUCUGUUGACACAAAACACUGCUCGCAAUAUUUGCUUGUAUGCCUCUGCGGGAUAUUUCUACAUGUACAAUUAUCGAAUAACCAAGUCCUAAAGACAUGCUUGCUUUUUUUAACCAAAAUUUCUCCCAGUUGACAUGUACAGCAGCACCAUGGAUUGAUGCCGACAAGCAUAACCCGAUCUCACCAGCACAAAAUUGCGCCGAGAAACAAGCUCAUAGCGAUUUCGAAAACAUAGUGCUUUCAUAAUGACACAGAACGCAACAGUGCUUUCCUAGGGAGCUAGGGAUCUUUCUGGGCAAGCAAAUAAAGCUUUCAAGAGGAUGUAGAGCUUCCUGCAUGUGGUGCCUUUUCCAGAGUGAAACCUGAAAUAUUGUACCUUGUUAAUGCACUGGGACGUCCCACUUAUAACACCAGGUACCCUCCAAGUACUACUAUUCUGGGACGUCACUCUUAACAUUUCACAGGCGAGCAACGUGUUCGAUAUUUAUGCCUUCACAUCCUGGGCAACAUGUACCAUCCUCCGCUGUAUAGCUGCACAUGCAAGUACAUGGAGGUAUAACUGCUUCAUGCGACCACCCCCUUCUCCCUCGCUCUUGUGACCUCCGUUUACACGACUGAUGCAUUUUUAACAGGACACACUUAACAGUAAACCAGGAACACAAAGUACCAGCGAUCACUACAAUGUGCAACAAAUCGUUAAAUGUAUCAACCAGAACAAGCAACGGCAGCACAGCAAACACUAUUGUUAAUAAUGCAUAACAGAGGCACUAGGUGUUGUAUUUAAGGAACCACGCAAAAUCAGCGCCGCUUUUGUUGCUGGAGGUAACAGCUGUUUGUGCACGACUUCCGGUCAGCUUUGGAUCGGAAAGCGACUUGUGUGUAGCUGCCAAUGUUGACAUCACUAACGUGGACGAUAUCUGUUCUAAAUUUGCAGAGCGGAUUUCAAAAUUCCGCUCCAUACCGAUAUUACUUUUUUGUACCAUACUUUUUUUGGCGGGGGGUUUAUUGCCUGACAUACUUCGCUCACGGGUCCAUCACAACGUUCUUUUUCCUUAAUUUCUGCAAUUUCGACUUGAAAAGUAGGCAACAGUAUCUAGCAAAAACUAUUUUGGGUUUUUAUCGAAAUGCUCAGUUACAGCUGCUCCGCGGUAGACCGGCUUUAAACUACCCCUCCCCCCCCCCCCUUAGUUUAAAUCAGUCCUAUGCGAAUACAUGAGAGUUAGACCAUUACUAGAUCGCCGGGUUUACGCCGUGUGAACGGCGAACAAAAUGAGACAUUGAGGGCAAAUAUUGAUUGGAGUGCAACCACAUCCGCCUAACGAACGCUUCUAGUCGACAGGUAAGUCUAAACUUACCAGUAAUUCGCCUAAAUAUUUCCGGCGAAGCGUAGAUUAGGCCUAUGCAUUGCGCACACAAACUCCAUGGAGGCCACAAAGGGCCUCACGGCAGUCGGCUUAGAACAGCAGGGUGGUGAUUGGUGGUUUGCGGACGAAGUUCUCAGACGUCACUAAACCAGUGACUAAGUGAGACUGCUCUUCCCGGACAAUAAACCGCAUCGUCUGCGUGUCAUCAGACGCCAGACAGUGAUGGAUAGCGUGGGAAAACCAAUCUGAAAUGGCGCGCUCACCCUGUGAUUUCCUAGUAUCUGGUACCAUCUCGACCACCACACACUAACAGCUGCGACUUCGCUCCAAUUUCCAGCUACCGAUCAUUUUUACUAUGUAUCCUAACGUAUGCAUUCCAUUGUCGUGGUCAUCACGUGCGUCCACGUUCGUACUGUGCGUGUGUAGACGGUGUGGACAAGCAUUACUGUUCGGUCGCUGCUAUUGAAUGGAAUAGGCUCCCUAGUGCGCCGAAAUGAAUGUCUCAGUAAUUAAGCCAGACGCAUUGGUGUACCGAGCAACUCUUAAUCGUAAUAUAAUGGACCCAAACGUAUGCAGGGCUACAGGACCGUCACCCUGGCAGGGACCUGGCAUGCCGUCUAUGCAGUCAUCAUUCGUUGAGUCGCUGUCAUUCAGGCAUGUGACUGGGUUCCAACCGCUGGCUUUGAAAACAGCGGAAGUGCUCUCUUUCAGCGCUGCGGCCCUUAUAACUGCCUACACGGAUGCUUAUAGACCACUCACAGCUCCAUGCCGGAGUGUCACCCAGGCGAAUCCAAAAGAAUUGGUGUGCCAAAAGGAACGAUAUCAUGAUAUAGUGAUCAAACGUAAUUUGUACCUUGAAACCGACACCAUCCGAUUCGACAAAUGGGGCGGUACGUUUGACAUCACUGUCAAAGCAGCGUACGACUCGGAUUGCACUAUGACGGCAAAGAUGUGUUGGUCUUUCCAAAACCAUAACUUCACGGGCGGCUACGUCAUCUUCGACGUCCACUUUCACUACCUGUGUUCAGCACCACCAGCAUUCGUAGAUUCCAAGGGUGACUUCGGCGUUGUGAAGCGGGCAAAAGUUAAUAUGAACAAGAACUACCAGGGGAUAAAGUGCGGGGACUCGUGCUCAUAACCUCAUGUGAAGAAUGUGAUUACCGUUUGGAUGCGGAGUAUUGUUUACAUGGCCGUGAAGCAAUCUGAUGUGAUAUGAUGCAAUAUAUGAUGUUCCAUCCAUGA